AUGCCCAAAAGCUUCGCUCAAGUAGCUGCGCCAUGUGAGCUGUCAGCUGGAGAUCUUUGCAGCAUGCUCCGGCGUGUGGCGGCUGUCGCCGCUCCUUGCGCCAUAGGUGCAGUCGUCCUUCUUUCCGAUCGAAGGACCCUGCUGCUUCGCCUGGCUGCAGCAGCAGAGUCCAGUGAGCAGUGGGGCUUACUGGGCUGCGCGGCCUUCGUUCUUUGCUUCAUCCCAGCGACGCUCUUCAUGAUACCAACAGGGCCGUUGGAGAUGGCAGCCGGGCUGCUCUUCACCCGCCGCUACAGCCUCCUAGGGUCCGCGGUGCUAGCAGCCUUUGCCAAGCAGCUUGCAGGUGCUGUAGGAUUUCUUCUUGGCCGUACGCUGCUUCGACAGUAUGUCAAAGAGAACAUUGUGGCGAAAUUUGCAGUCUUCAAGGCUGUGGCCCAGGCGGUGAAAACCGAACCGUUCACCGUUACCUGCAUGGUGCGAUUUGCGCCUAUACCCACAACUGCGAAGGCUAUGGGGCUUGCAGCAGUCGAGGUUCCGUUUGGGCCUUUCCUGCUGGCAUCCUCGCUUUUCGGCGCGCCUUGGAGCAUACUGAGCGCCGUGGUUGGCUCCUCCUUGGCGUCGCUCCCCGAGGUGCUGGAAGGGCGAGGCGACGAGAAGAUGCGUGAGCUUCUCCAGUCCUGGCGCCAGCAGCCCAUUCUGGCAACCGGGCUCCUCGUCGCGUCGGUGCUGCUGACGGCCUUGUUGAUAGCAAAGUCGCGGAAGAUGUACAGCACCUACUGUGAGCUCAUGGCAAAGGCUUUGCUCACUUCGGAGUACGAGCAGAUCGUGCACGAGAAUGAAAUGCUCCGGCAUGGGCACGCGCUGCCGAUCCAGAAGGCUGCGUUCGAUCUGAACGGCUCCAGGCGGCCUACGAAAUCAACGUCUUAUCCAUACAGCGUUGCGAGCCAGCAGACCAGCCAGGCCAGCCAGCCUGUUGCAGACAACUCCGACUCCGUCAGUUCCUUCAUGAACAUUUGCUGGAAGGUGGAUGCUGGUACCGUUCCCAGCACCCCGGUCACAACCGUCAUCAAGGCUCCAGAAGGAUCUGCCUGCUACCAGAUCCCGCAGCCGGCCGCGGCGCGGCCACGAGAGGAUUGCAGCGGAUUGCAGACUCCCUGCUCCAGCCGAUCACUGCCCAGCCGACCCCACAGCGAGGCCAUGCAGCACCAGGUCUUCCGGAAUUCCUCUGACAUCAAGGCAAUGAUCUGUGAGCAGAUCCGACAAGACGAAACCAAAAAGGAAGCAGCCGAGUACUACCAUACGACCGGCUUCAUCCGCCAGAUUGCUAGGACCGCGCUCUUUGACCAAAUCACCAUGUGCAUGAUUGCCCUUUAUGCCAUCUACCUGGCGAUUGACACCGACUAUAAUCCAGAUGAUGUCAAUACAGACCCCCGCUCGGUGUUCUUCUGGAUGGAGCAGUUCUUUUGCACAUUCUUCUUUGUCGAGCUGCUGCUCCGGUUUCUCUCGAUCAAAUCCAAACACAAAUGCUUCAAGGAUGUCUGGUUCGUCUUUGAUUUCUUCUUGGUGGCGACAAUGGUGCUACAGACGUGGCUGGUUCCCUUGAUCCAGCUCUUUGUUCAUCAGGUCUCUGCGAGUUUGGCUGCAGAUGCAAGCGUUUUGCGGAUUGCCCGGCUCCUGCGCCUCACCCGCUUGCUGCGCAUGGCCAGGUUGUUGCGCUACAUGCCGGAGCUUUUCAUUCUGGUCAAGGCCAUUGUGGCCGCAAUGCGCUCGGUGGUGUUCACGCUGGCUCUGCUCAUGCUGCUGCUCUAUGCCUACUCCAUUGCCUUCACCCAGUCGUUGAAGGGAACAGAAUGCGGCCGCAUCUAUUUCAACAACGUCCUCCUCUCCAUGCAAAGCUUCUUCAUCUUCGGUACCCUGUUGGACGAAGUCUGGGACCUCGUGUCAGCAAUGGUCGCCGAAAAGUUAUGGCUUGCGCUUGCCGGCCUGUACUUCUUCAUAAUCUUUUCCUCGAUUACGAUCAUGAACAUGUUGAUUGGCGUCAUGUGCGAGGUAAUUACUGCAGUUGCUGCGGCGGAGAAGGAAUCGCUGCAGGUCAGCUGGGUGAAAGAAACUCUCCGGCGAGUUAUGGGUGGAUCGGACGUUUUUGUCGAUCAGGAGGAGUUUUACCAGAUCCUGCGGGACCAGGAAGUUGCGGUGGCGCUGAACGAAAUCGGAGUUGACAUAGUGAGCUUGAUUGACUUUGCAGACUUAAUCUUCGAAGAGCGAGGCGUUGCCAAGACCGCGGAUACUGAGGGUCAGGCCCAUCAGAUCUCUUUCGCGGACUUUGUGGAACAGGUGCUGCAGCUCCAGAAGAGCAAUACUGCUACAGUGAAGGACAUGGUCAACCUGCGCUGGUGGUUGUCGCAGUCUCUGCAGAGGAAGCUUGAGGCGACCGUCGACAAAGUCAUGGCUCAUCAUCUCGGGCACCCGAUGCGCAAAAUCGCAUCAAGCAGCGUUGCAUCCCGGCGGCAGGUGUCGCUGGCCUGA